UGGCCUGGUCACCCAAGAAAAGGAUUAAAGAAGAGUUCAGUGUCACGUAGCUGCUGUAGAGGGAACUUGAGUGCUUGGGUCACUGCGUCAGCAGGAUGGUCUCGGUUCAGAGCUGCACCAGAAGAAGCAUGGCGAGCAUAGCUCCUGCUUUACCGGGCUUUGGAAGCUCCGGAAAGAGCUUUCUGAUUGAUAACCUGCUGAAAUCUCAACGGCCUGCAGCCCGACCUGAUGGAUCCUCAUGUGGGCAUCUCAGACAAGCGGCGUGUGAACAUCGGAGGAGAAUCUGGGGCCAGGAUGUCCACCUGGCACAAAGUCCACAACAGGGACCACUUUUGCAACACCCAGGCAUGCUCAGCAGUGUUUUCCUGCAGAGCUCGCAGUAUCUGCUGGCGUGCUGCGGUGGGUCCAGCCCCCCUCCUGUCCUCUCCAAAGGAGCAAACGUUAAAAUCUGGUCUCCUAAUGUAAGCCCUAAAUCACGCAGAGGGAUCCUCAGGAGGGCAGUGUUCUCUGAGGAACAGAGGAAGGAGCUGGAGAAGACUUUCAGACGACAGAAGUACAUCAGUAAAAUGGACAGAAACAAACUGGCAGCUGAUCUUAGUCUCAAAGAGUCGCAGGUGAAAAUUUGGUUCCAGAACCGUCGCAUGAAGUGGAGAAACCGCAAGGAGAAGGAGGUCCAUACCACUCAUUCCCCAAUGGAUGAGCUCAUGGUCAGAGGUCUCUCCCUGGUGGAGGAACAACCAUCACACAACCACACUAAUGCAGCCACAGAGCGCUCACCAUCACAGAAACCUACCAAAGGUGCAUGUAAGACCAAAAAAAGUUGAUUCAAAACAAAAUACUUUCUUUAGAACCUCCAACCCCAACUCUGAUACCAGAAGGGUCUCUGAAACAAUGGAAAAAAUAUGUUGAACACUGAUACUUCAAAAAUACUUUGGUUGGUAGUUUGAUUGGAUUUCAUUCCCUUUCAGACCAAAACUGAGUUGUUCUAUUUACUAUUUGCAUGUUAAACAUUUGUAUAUUUGUGUAGGCUUACACUUGCAACUGUAGCUCAGGAGGUAGAGCAGGUUGUCCAGUAAUCAGAAGGUUGCGGGUUUGAUCCCAGCUCCCAACAGAGAAUUCUGCUGUUGUGUCCUUUGGCAAGAAACUUAACCCACUUUGCCUGCCGGUGGUGGUCGGAGGGCCUGAUGGCACCUGUGCUCAGCAGCCUCGCCUCCAUCAGUGUGCCCUGGUCAGCUGUGGCUAUACUGUAGCUCAUCACCAUCAGUGUGUGUGUGUGUGAAUGGAUGAAUGACACUGUAGCGGUUUGGAGUCCUCUCACUCUGAAAGGUGCUAUAUAAGUGCGGGUCAUUUACCAUUAUCAUUAAUACCAUUUUCUAUUAAAUCCUUCAGAUUGUUUUGAAGUUGUAAAUAUUAUUUCAGAAUGAAUGAACUGUAAAUAAAGUGUUUAAUUGAAUCUGGUUUUUGCAAUCUACUUAUUUCUGGUGUAAAUCUUCUCAGUCGUUGUCCUGCCUCGUCAUUCUGCCGUUUGUGCACUGAAAUGGUGAUGUCCCAGUCUUGCUUUAGUCGGUGAGGUUGAAAUCCUGUUUCUGAUGAGAUUAGC